GAGAGGAGACUGUUCUUGACUGUGUAGCUGCGCUGUCGUUCGCUAUCUGAUAGCAGCAGGUCCUGGAACCACUAAAGGUCAAACUGUGACCAUAACAAACAUCGAUAGAGAGAGAGUUAUUAUCAUCUUAUACUGUUCAUCAUGAGCUACUCCCCACUCAACCUCCGAAUGUUUAUUUACAUGUACAUCAUGUUGCUAGGCAACGAACUGAUAUUCAAAACAAGUACACAUGUAGCAGAGGCAGCAGAUUUGACCAGUGUCCACCCGACCAGUAGCCCUUAUGCUGGCGGCACGACAUUUCAUGUUAAUGGAACAGGGUUCCUGAAUAUACCUGAACCAAGAUGCCAAUUGACAUUGUCAAGUUUAUUAGCAAUAACAUUUGAUGUUAAUACUAUCAUUAAUAAUACGUACAUGACGUGUGUGGUACCAGCUGUCAGUUCAGAGCAGAUAUCGUCAAUCAAAGAAAAUGGAAACAACACAAUGCUACUGUCAGUGAAAGGAGCAGCUGGCCACAUUAAUAUAACAAUGUUUGACUUGGGGACCAUAAACGUCACAUCCAUCCAACCAAACUGGGGCUACAGGACAGAGUCGACAAUUGUUAAUCUCUAUGGUAACGGAUUUGUAAACACCACUAGUAUUACGUGUAACAUUGGGACGACCUCAUUCCCUGGAGUCUAUUACAAUACCAGUCGCAUUCAGUGUGAGCUACCGCCACAGUCAAUGACAUAUCAAGUUAUCCUUGACGUAUACUUGAAUGGUCAGACUGUAUCAAGACUAUCAACUUUAGACUAUAACAUAACAAACUUGUUUACAUAUUUUGCUACUCCUCCUCAUCCAGUGUCCUCCUCAUAUGAGCCGUCAUACUCAUCAAUAAUCCUCACUUUCGACAGAGAAGUUGAAAUAGGAGGAGAAGAGCUUAAUUCUACAAGCAUUUCUAAUAGUAUAAACUGUAAUCUUAUAUUUACCAGCAGUUCAGUAGAGUCGCUUGGAGACAGAGCGAAAUGUGAUUGGUUGAACACGCUACAAAGAGGCAUAGAGAUAAAACUGGGUAUCAACAAUACAAUAAACCCUGGCUCAGUACUUGGCUUGAUACAUAAUAGCUUACGUACCCGUUAUGUAGCAUUCUCUAAGCAUUCUCAAGGAAACGUGACUGUACAAUCUAACAGAGUUGAUCUGCUACCAGUAGCAAUCAUAGAACACCCACAAACCAUACCAACUUGUGGUAAUAUAACCCUGCAUGCCUCAAGCUCUCUAUAUCCUGGACCAGCUCCAAUGCUUUAUGAAUGGAAUAUAACCAGUACUGAUACUAUUGGAUCAGGAUCAGAAGAUGAACUGGAGUCAUUAUACUCAAUACAAGAUGCACUACCAAAAGGUUUCACAGAGCAAGCAACCAUUACUCUAUCAUCAUCAUUAUUUACUGAUUAUACCGACUAUACUUUCACUUUAACUGUCCAGAAUUAUUUAGGACACAAGGACACAAAAAACAUCACUUUAACAAAAGAUCCAACCACAGACCCCAACACACCUCUGAUAACAGUGAUUGGUGGAAGAGAGAAGAGAAUAGCUCCAAAUAAAGAGCUAUUAAUAGAGACAAUGCUGGUGAAUUAUUGUAUGAUAUUAAACUCUUCGUUGUACUAUCAAUGGCUGCUACAAACUGAGAACAUGAGUUUUGUCCCUCUUACGGGGUUUACCAGUCGCCAUGUUACCUUUAAAUCACCUCUAAUCUUGCUCCCCCCUCACACGCUGAGAGAACAGGAUCAUUACCUGUUGACAAUAAGUGUCACAUCAGGAACACUCACGACUAACAUAACAAGUAAUGUCACUUUGAUCUUGAGCAGAGAAUCAGCUAAGAUAGACAGCUCUGUCAUUCAAGGUGGCAAUGUUGUUCUUUAUGAUGUGAAGGACAACAUUCCAUUGAGAUUAGAUAUCAAUCCUAGUUUGGGACAAACAGCUCAUGAAAAUGAAGUUAUUUGGAGUUGUAGAAAUGAGAUGAAUAAUGGCACUUGUGGUGGAACUGGUAUCUUUCACCAACACUCUUCAUUUCAGAACUAUAUACCUGGCCUCUUACUAUCUGCUGGUUCGUAUGAAAUAACGGCAAGUUUCUAUAGUCAAUCAAUUCAAUAUAAUACCAGCCAGAAGAUUAUCAUAAGUAAUAUCAAUAAUGAUAGUAACGUUACUUUAGUGUAUUUGAUGGGAUCAUCAACGCCUGUGGCCACUCAUAGAACGACUGCAAUAAGAGGGAGAGUGAGAUCAGUUGGAAGUGGAUCAGUGACAUGGAACUGUAUUAGAACAGCAGGAUAUGCUUAUAUAAAUAUCAGUGACACUCUUGGGCCAAAUAAAACUUCAAUUAGAAUAACAAGCUACUUAGAAUCAAUCAGUGAAGAGAACCACGCCCUCCUUUCUUCAUCGGAACACAAAGGUUUCUCAAACCCAGUAGCACUCGUAAUACCAGGAGGUGCUCUGCUACCUAAUAACAAAUACAAAUUCCGUUUGUCGUCUUUUAAAGAAAGCGGAGAAGAUGAAGGAGGGAGAUAUGCUGAAGUUGACGUAUAUACUGGCUCUCCUCCAUCAUCAGGUCAGUUACUAGUAGAACCUUUAAAUGGAGGUUCAGCAUUGAUAACACUGUACACAAUAAGGGCUAUUCAUUGGACUGAUGAACAUGAUGAUAUGCCAUUGAAGUACAGGUAUGGAUAUUCUCUUAGUCACAAUAUAUCGGAGAUAACAUGGAUGACACCAAUAACCGGCAGAGAUCAUAUCUCUAGUAUUCUUCCAACACCAGCUCAUGAUAAUUCCAGUCUAUUAGUAGCUAUGGAGGUGUUUGAUACUAAAGGAUCGGUCAAUAUGGCAUGGAAGUCUAUUAGUAUUUCACAACCAGACACAGUAUUAGACCUGACGGGUUUAAUGGAGAAUAUUCAGAGACUCUCUCUACUUGAGAAAAGGUGGAUUGAAGGACUAGCGAGUUUGACAGUUCUUCUUUCAUCAGUGAGCAAUGCUACUGGUAACAUGGUAGCUGGAGGUGAGGACAGUGUGAGGUAUUUUAAAAUAUCAUCUAUUGAUCUUGCUCUAAAUCUUUUAUCAACACAAUUACCACAUCAUAAAGCAUUCACUUCAAUAGUACUCAAUAUAUUGAAACUCUCACUGUCUCCAGGUAUUCAGUUACCAAUGGACACAGUGGCAUCAUUAUUGAAAGGAAUGGAGACCAUAGUUACCAGUUAUACUGCUAGUAGUGGUGUAUUUCUUGAUAAUGGAGUUUCAAGGCAAGAGGCUGAGCUGAUUCUAAGCAUUUACAAUCAAUUGGGAGAAUCACACCGAACUAAUGAAAUCAAUUAUGAUCAAUAUCGCAUUAUAUCAAAUCAAAUUGAUUCAAGCUAUCAAGCAAUAUCAGAUACAAUAGGAUAUGGUCUUUGCCAGCAGUUAGAAGCACAGGACGAAGCUAUAUCAUUAACAAGUCCAUACUUUGGAGUCCUGAAGGUCUACUACAGCAUACCACCAUGGGGCUUCAACAUUGCAUGUGAUGAUGGAGAAGUCAAUUGUCCUGUUUUCACCAGCUCUGUAACAUUUGGUGAGAAGGUUUUUAAAGAAUACGUCCAAAGAUACUGCACAACAUUGAGUUCUUUGGGUAACUUGACAAGUUGUGAAGGAGUUUGCAUGAUAAGUAGACAGGCCGUCCUCAAUUCCCAUUGGAACGGAAACCCAUUCUCUAAUCACAUCAAAUCCCAACCAGUUAGGAUAGAUGUAUUCAGUAAAGAGGGAGUUACUGAUAGUCUAAUGACGAAUGUCUCAGUUCUCCUCUCACUGUAUUAUCCAAUCAGUGACAGUGGAGCCAUUGAGUGUGUCUAUUGGAAUAAUGUAACAGAGCAAUGGGCCCAAUGUAUUAACACUACUGUUGUUUCAUCUACUGUGGUUGAAUGCAGUUGUGAACUAUCAAAUGAAAUUGCUGUCAUUGAUAAGUGUCCAAGUGGCUACUAUGGAAGACGUUGCAAUGAAUUGUGUCCUCAAGGUCUAUGGGGGUAUGAGUGCUCACAGUUCUGUCGCUGCAAUCAAAGAGGAACCUGUUCACAAGUUAACGGAGACUGUGACUGUGAACCAGGCUGGGCUGGAGACAGCUGCCAAACAAAGUGUGAGCCUCCACACUGGGGCAAGGGAUGUCUUGAGGAUUGUUUGUGUGAGAAUGGACUCUGUGACUUUAUUAAUGGAUCCUGUGAUUGCUAUGAUGGAUGGGUUGGAGCAACAUGCAAUGAAAGUUGUUCUGAUGGUUUCUUUGGAAAGUAUUGCUCACAAAAUUGCACUUGUCGUUCUCCUGAAGAAUGCAGCCCGAUAACUGGCUACUGUACCUGUCAAGCGGGUUAUACUGGUUCUACUUGUUACAAUAUCUGUCCAGAAGGAUCCUAUGGAUUCAAUUGCAGCAUAUCGUGUAACUGUAGCGUUAACGGAACCAGCAGCUGUGAUAAUGUGAAUGGAACCUGCUACUGCCUGGAUGAAUGGACUGGAGAUGACUGUGACGAACCAAUAUUUUCUCCAGUAUCAACUACAGCACCAGAAGGAAUACAAAUAUGGUGGAUAUUGCUACCAGUCCUUCUAAUACUGAGCAUUGUAGUGAUUGCUGUGGUAUUAGCUGUUAUACUUGUACUGAAGAAUAAAUCAAACAAGAGGAAGUUAAAGAUACAACCGAUUGAUCCAUCAGCAGCUCCAGUUGAAGAUACUGACAUCGAAGGGGAUGAGAACUCACUUACAAUAACACGAUCAAAAUCACUUGUACGAGUCAUCAGAAGGAAACAGCUUCAAUCAGAGACAGGAGAAGUUGGACAGUUCAAGGAGCCAGAAAAGAUUGGUUCUAAACUGAGGUGGCAGAUAAUCAAAUUAAUUCCGGUUGAAAAACCUAAAAAAUCGGAGACUCAGAAAGAAGAUGAUGACUCCACUUCUGAGAAUGAGUUGCAAUUAUGUUUAGAAGAAUCUGACGAGUUUGAGGAGGAGAUAUAUUUGAAAGGAGUCUAUUUGGAGCCGACUUCGACUCUUAAAGACCUCAGGAAUAACUUUAUUGAUAGCAAUCAGCUGGAGACCAGUGAUGUUUACUUUCAGUUUCUGAAUUCUGAUACACCUGGUGACCUCGUUCAAAUUGAUAACGAGGAAGAAAUAAAACUGGAGAGAUUUGAAGAAAGAGAGAAGACACUGUACAUACAAGCAAUUGAUAAAAAUGCAAUUAUUCUUGAGCUUUGUGUGUGUGGUAAGUUUGCAGAGCUGGAAUGUACUGACUGUCGAGGUAAAGGAUACUGCUCAGAGACAUGCCAAACUGAUGACUGGCCGGACCAUGUUAGGACCUGCAGGGUAAUGAGUGCAAGAAGAAAAGAAGAAAGAAGACAGAGAAAGCAAAGUAGAAGAGAGAAAAGGAUCGAGAAACUGCAAAGAACCGGUUUCACACCUAACCCAGAUAUCUGUCGAUGUGGGAAACUAUCAGAGUAUGAGUGCUCAAGCUGCGGAAUGCAAGGAUACUGCUCUUACGAGUGCCAGAUUAAAGACUGGAAGUAUCACAAACUGCUUUGUACUCAAAGAUAAGCUAAUAAUGAAUAAUUUGAAUUGUAUAUCACAUGCUAUAUGAUAAUUGUGUAAUUUUAUAUCUUAAAAGUUAUAAUACUCGCUUGUAACAUAA